AUGGAUGUUUCUCUAAAUUUAAGCAAAGUUCUUUCGAUGAGUGAAAAUUUUGAGAAACAUUGUUGCAUGUUUAUGCAAGACGAGCAUUCACAAAAUGAACUAGAGACUAAUUCAUUUCUCUUUUCUCGAAAUGAAAAACCAAAAAAUCUAAAAAGUCAAAAGUAUCGACGUUCGAAACGUUCUCUAUCUCGAUCUCCACCACGACCUCCAAAUGCUUUUAUUUUAUAUAGGAAGCACAUAGGUUCUUUGCUAAAGGAAGAGACAGACUUUAAAUUUCAUAAAUUUCAUACCUCUAAUGUCUCUAAGAUUGCAGCUCAAAAAUGGAAUUCUGAAUCUGAAGAAAUAAAAUUAAAAUUUGAAAGGCUUGCAAAUGCAGCGAAGAUUGAGCAUCAACGAAAAUAUCCAGGUUACAAAUAUAAGCCAAAAAAGAAAAAGUCACGAAGACGAAAUUCAUGCAGAUUAACCGACGAAAGCAUUACUAAUAAUAUUUUGUUGGAUUUAAACAAAUUAUCACCACUUCCUAAGUAUCGACUUCCUCUGCCAGAUUUACCAUCACCACUUACUCCUCAACCAGAUUUAAAUGAUUCUCCAUCACCAGUUACUGUCAAUUAUACAAUUAAAAAUAAUCAAAGUAAAUCAACUAACGAAAGCAUUACUAAUAUUUUGUGGGAACCUGUUUCUCAACUUUCUGAUUUACAACGACUUCCUAUGCCAGAUUUUAGCAAAUCUCAAUUACAACUUCCUCCUCAACCAAAUUUAAAUGCAUUUAAUAUAUAUGAAGAUCAACUUACCUUACAUUUUGAUCCAAUUAUUUUAAAUAGUUACAAUUCUUUUGGAUUUGAUCAAUUUUAA